AUGGUUAGUGCUGGGGUGGAGCAAAAUGAAGAGGAUGUUUUAAAAUGCAUGGAAGCGGCGGGCUUGUCUGCAGCCAAGUUACAAUUUAUUGUAGAACUGCAGCCGCGAUAUGGAUCAUUUUGGGAGAAAGAUGUUGUGCAAAACUCCGAUGCGUUUCUCAAAGACAACUUUCGUAUUGAAAGGAGUGCUUUCAAUAUUCUGGUUGGAAUUCUGCCCAAUCUCCGAAAGAAAGAGUCUAAUUUUCGACUGGCAAUCCCUCUGGAGAAAAGGAUAGCGAUAUCACUAUAUUGCUUGGGAUCCUCUGCGGAUUAUCGCACGAUUGCGAAUCUUUUCGGUGUGUCCAAAGCCAUCGUGUGCCGUAUUUUGAUGGAAUUUUGUCGGGAGGUGACUGCUGUACUUGCUGGUGAAUAUUUGCCAGCAGAAUUUCUUACCCAGGAGAAGAUUACGGAAACAGUGAAAGGCUUUGAGGACAUGGGAUUUCCGCAGUGUUUCGGAGAAAUGGAUGGCUGUCACAUCGAGGUCCAACCGAGAUGUGAGGAUGCAGUGGAUUACCGGAACUACAAGGGUUGGUACUCCACCGUCCUAUUCGCCUUGGUCGACUACCGUUACAGAUUCACAUACAUAAAUGUAGGGUGUCCCGGCCGAGCUCAUGACUCGAAAAUUUUUUUAUAACUCCAGCCUAAGAAUAAAACUGG